AUGGUGGAACGCGCCGCCACGGAUCCCGACCGCGACAGAGUGAACGCCAAAGUGAUGGAGCAGGUGGAGGCGAGCGCGCGUGUUGUGGAGGAGCUGAUGGCAGAGGUGUCGCGAGAGGCGUUCAUCAACGCCGCCGUGUCGCGCGUCACAGAGAGCGAGGCGCCGGAGAGCAGCCUGGCGGACGUGGUGGGCGCGGCGGUGGGGCGCCGCAUGGAGGAGCUGGACGCUACCUUUCUUGCCACCCUGGAUGGGUACAUUCGGGGGGCCAGCGACAAAGGGGCCGCCGACGUGGCAGAGGUGCUGCUGCUGGUGCGGCAGGAGGUGCUGCGGCGGCUGGGCGCCCGCCUGCCUCCCGAGAUGCAGCUGCUGGAUGCUGCCAUGGCGGCUGCCGACAGCAAGGCACGCAUGGAGCUGCUGAGGAAGUAUGCACUGCCCAGCGAGCAGGCGCUGGCAGAGGCGCUCGCUGGCGGCGAGGGCGAGGCUGGCGGCAUACGCGGCAGCCUUGCUAGCGCAGCAGUCAGCAGCAGCCAAGCUGGCAGCGAGGGGCUGGACCGCGCCAGCAGCGCCAGCAGCAGCCGCAGUGCAGAGCAGCAGCCGGAAGGUAGCGGCGCCGUGCCCGUCUCCUUGCUGUACUGCCUGGCUGCCGACCUGGAGCGCGCCGCCUCCCAGGUCAUUCGCGACAUGGAGCUGAUGAUGGAGGUGCCGGACAGGCGCCUGCUGGCGCGGCUGGUGCUGGCCCGGGAGGAGCUGCAGCAGAUGUUGCUGGAGGCGGCGUUCAUGGGUGGAGAGGGCAGCGGCGGCGAUGAUGUGGAGGUGGCAGCCUCCUUUCGCCAGCCCUUCCAGCAGCUAGGGGCGGUGCCCAAGAGCUGUGCCGCCUUCCUGCAGCGGCUCAUGGCGCUGCCGGGGCCGCAGGAGCGGGAGGGGCUGCUGCUGCAGGCGCUGUCUGAGGACGUGGAGCGGCUGCCUGGGGCGGGGCAGCCGGGCCCUGACGCCACCACUCGCGAGCGGUUGCGGGCGCAGGCUGAGGCGCCGCAAGACUGGGUGCGGCCGGGGCGCUUCAUGCAGAGCCUCAGUGCUUUGCAGGCGGAGAUGCUGGGGCAGGCGGCCAGCGGCAGCGACGGCCAAGUGCCCAACAGCGACGUGCUCGAGCGGCUGGAAAGCAUACGACGGGAGGCGUUGGGCGUGUUGCUCGGCAUAGCUGGGGAGGGCCAGACAGCUGCGGCGGACAAGGAAGAGGAGGAGGAGGAGCCCUACCUGCCCUGA